CAACAAAAACUGUUACCAUUUGUUGUUUGUCUGCAAUUUCAGAUGUAACUAAGUGACAGCUAUCAAAACCACCAAACAUCCCCUGAAUCAGAGAUAUUAAACACUUUCACUUUCCGGAGACGUCACAGGUUGUUUAUACCACUGUGUAGCAGAAGAAUAACAUGAGAAGUUAUAGGCACGUCACAUUCAGAUAACUUCCUCCUGUUACAGCAGGUUGCAUGAUGAGAAUGCUGGACUGGAAAGCACCAAAUAUCUUAUAGCAGACUGCAACUAAGUCCAAAAGUGAUUCUCUACAGUCUACAGUAAAAGAAGUCGCAGUUUCAUCAUGACUUCUGUGAACACGUCAUGUCCCACUAACGUGACUGUCGGGAGAUCAAAUAUAAACCAGCUCUACACAUACGUUUACCUGAUUAUAUUCAUCCCAGGCCUGCUGUGCAACACUCUGGCUCUUUGGGUGCUCUGUCGAUUCAUAAGCAAAAAGACCAAAGCCAUCAUCUUCAUGAUUAACCUGACCAUAGCUGACCUGGCUCACGUGCUGUCGCUGCCGCUUCGAAUUCACUACUACAUCAAAGAAGACUGGCCUUUCGGCAGCGGGUUAUGCAUGCUGUGUUUUUACCUGAAGUACCUUAACAUGUACGCUAGCAUUGCCUUUCUGGUGUGCAUCAGCAUUCAGCGCUGUGCUUUUCUCCUGCAGCCGUUCUGUGCCAGGAACUGGAAGUCACGCUACGACAUCUGCAUCAGCGCCGCGGUCUGGCUGGUGGUGGGUCUCUGCUGCUCGCCCUUCAUUUUAAUGAGGAGCAAAUCAAAUUCUGGAAGUAACAGCACAACCUGCUUCAAAGACCUGCCCAUGCACAAGCUGAAUUUAGGCUCGGCCAUUUCCAUGAUGGUUGGCGCUGAGCUCUUGGGAUUUCUCGGCCCGUUAAUUAUCAUCGGUGUCUGUACUUAUUUAAUUGUGAAAUCCUUGCGACGGCGGAACCAAAAGCAGCAGUCCACGGGUAGCACGAGAAAGGCCUUGCGCAUGGUUAGGGUGUGCACAGGGGUCUUCCUCUUCUGUUUCACUCCCUACCACAUCAACUUCCUGCUGUACCUGAUGGUGACUCAGAGCAUCAUAACAAACUGUGCGGCGAGUCAGGCCAUACGAUUCUUCCACCCUAUCUCUCUCUGCAUCGCAAGCCUGAACUGCUGCCUCAACCCUCUCAUCUACUACUUCCUGACCACAGAGUUCAAGCAGCAGCUGUCUCAGCACGGCAGCUCUGUGCUCAGGGGCCGUCUGAUGAGCACCGAGAGCACCUCUUCCUUUAGGGACUGAUCAGGAACCAUUUACAUCGACAUUUAGGGU